AUGCCAGACAGACAUGCAACAGCUUCUGUGCACAGCACUAUUGCUGGUAUUAUUUUUGAAUUUGUUAAAAUCGUCAGAGUUCGCGAUAUCCAUAUUUACCACUUUAAGGCAGCCAUUGCUCCAUUCGCUUUGGCAAAACAGUGCACCUACGCAGAUCAGAGCGCCGGCUUGGCUGAAGAUAAUCAAACCGCAGUGCUAAAGGCCGUAAACGAUGCUCGUCAAAAGUUAGCCAAUGGAAUCCAGACGAAUGGAAAAAUAGAUGCUGAUACUGAUGGACCCCCUCUGCCACCAGGACAGAUCGAUGCCUUAACAUGGAGCUGUUCUUUGGAGGAAGCAGCAAAAGUCAUAUUGACUGCUGAUUGCUCAACGGCUGAGCAUAUGCCACCAACUGGAAAUACCGGAUUAUUCAACUACGGCUACGGGUCUGGCGAGGGCUACGAGAUGUACUACCUAAUUGGCGAUGAUGCCGUGCUAGAUCAAUGGUUGAAGCAAAUUGAAAGUUUCGGACUCAAAAAUGACUUUAUUGGAGAAGAAGAUGUUAAAUUCGACGGUACUACGGGCUUGGCCCAAUAUGCAAAUCUUAUGCGCGAGGAUAUAACCGAGAUUGGAUGUGUUGAGAGUGUAUGUAAAAAUGAUGAUGGAGAUGACCUCACCUUGGUGUAUUGUCUAACCGACAAUGAACGCAAAGCCACCAGUGCGGCACCGACACCGCAGUCGCCGGCGGAGUUUCCUCCAGCUACUUCAGGACCAAACGAGAGGUGUCCACAAAACACUGGAAUGCACGAUACUCUCAGAACCAAAUUCUUAGAUAUGCACAAUUAUCGCAGGGCAGAACUUGCGAAAGGAAACGUUGCUAAAAGGAACGGGAAUUAUUUACCUCAAUCAUCUGACAUGCAAAGAAUGAGAUACAACUGCGCGCUCGAGAAAGAAGUCAUUGAUUACGUAAGUACCUGCCCGUCAUCCAAAUCAGCUGAAUCCACACGACCUGAUGUGGGAGAAAAUUUCAUUCGAGUGCCUCAGGAGGGUUUGGCAACGUAUUUGCUUGCCGCUCAGAAGGCGGUAACUUCUUGGUGGAAGGUGAUACGCAGCGAAGAGGGUCCCGGUAUGCAAGUUUAUUUCCGACAAAAGCAUGUUGGCACUCCAAUUGAAUCUUUUACACAGAUGGGGUGGUCCACGUCUCGCAAGCUCGGUUGUGCUGUCGCAAAAUGCGGUAGCGAUUAUGUCGCGGUUUGCCGAUAUUCUCCCAGAGGUAAUUAUGUGGAGCAGGUUAUCUACAAAAAAGGAACACCCUGCACAGGUUGUGCACCUGGCUCUUGGUGCACGGAAGAUGCACUGUGCACUCUCGAAUGA